AUGGACAAGAUUCAACGAGGAGUUGCGAGGUCACGCGCACUCUUGCCUCGAAUAACGCACCGACCCUUGCCUUCCGGCGCGAGCUACCUCCACUUUGGAGACUACGGAACACGAAAUGCUAUGACGAAGCACGAGCUUCAGCGGCUCAAAGACCAGUUGAUAGAAGCAAACACAAACCCACAAACAGGCCGCCAGUUGUUUCUCCCCGCCUUUAAGCCCCAGACUCUUGGACACCUGGAACGUUCUCAGGAGCUCCUUACGAAAGAGGGCAAAGCAGAUGAUUACGCAUGGCUUGUCUCCAGCCGUGUCUGGGAAGAAGAGCGUAAAGGAUUGCCAAAAUUGCUUGUGCUCGCUUCACCUGGCUUCAAGGUUUUCAGUUCUGGCCAUCACCUGACGGAAAUCAAGAAUGGCUCCCCGGAGGAAGUCAGGGAGAUCUUCGCCCUCUGUGCUGAAGUCAUGAGUCUGAUUCGCCGCAGCGCCAUACUGGUCAUGGGCAAGAUCCACGGUAUUGCGAGUGGCGCUGGGGCACAACUCGCCCUGGCCACAGACGUUCCUGUUGCGAGCAGGUCUCUCACCGAACUUUGGUUGCCUGGCGCUGACCUUGGCCUUCCCUGCACAAGUCCUGCUGCAGGACUGAGUCGUGUUCUAGGCACCCGAAGAACCUGGCUUGAGCUCGCAAAAGGUGGAUAUGUACGGGCGGACUUGAAACUGCAUGGUGUGGAGGUUGAUGACCCUGCCACCAAAACUGUAGAAGACAAGUCACAGUAUGAGCAACAGGCAAAUAUCCUUUUUGAGGGACCUCCAUCGUCGGAGAAAUCUCUGCCUCGUAGAUCCGCCGAGGACAUUGUGCGAGAUCGCCUAUCGCUGGACCACCUGGUCUACAGGUUGGCGAGGCGACUCACGAAGAGAGAUACUCAGCAAACGGCUAUCACGAAGUGGGCGUUUUGGACCCAGAUUGGUCUUCGAGGUCAGCCUCACGUCAACGCUGAUGGCGUCGAGGUUGACGGCUGCGGCGGGGAUGGUUUUGAGGACGCCGUUGCGUUUGCUGGCAGAGUCAUGGCAUUGCACUCACAAAGCGAGGUCGCCAAGGAGGGAAUAUCUCGAUUCUUGCAGGAGAACGCGAUGCGGAAGCAGACAAAUAAGACUGAGGUUGAGAUGAACGAAACCACGAGGUAG